AUGCGCUUCCCCAUAGAGUAUGGCAUAGGCGAACUAAGAGGAGACCAGACCAUUACUAGAGAAUGCUAUGUUGCAUCUCUCAAAGAAAAGAAGCAGCAAGAGGCCUUGAUUGUCGAAGAAAUUGAAGAAAAGGAGCAAGACCGAGCCAAGCCAAUUGAGGACCUAGUGGAGAUAUGCCUAAAUGACAAUGACGUAACAAAAAAGGUGAGGAUAGGGUCUCUGCUCCCCUCAGCUACGAUCGAGCAUCGAUUAAACACGGAUCCCACAUUCAAACCUAUUAAGCAAAAACGAAGAACAUUUGUCGUAAAGAGGAACAUGGCUAUAUCAGAAGAGGUGAAUAAGCUUCUGAAAGCUGAUUUUAUCCAAGAGGUUAAUUAUCCCGACUGGCUAGCAAAUGUUGUUUUGGUGAUGCCUUUUGGGCUCAAAAAUGCUGGUUUAACAUACCAGCGGCUAGUCAACUUGAUGUUCAAGAACCAAAUCGGAAGGAAUAUGAAAGUAUAUGUGGAUGACAUGCUCGUAAAAAGCUUAAAAGCUCAAGACCACAUAGCUGAUCUACAAGAGACAUUCCAAGUCCUCAGGAAACACCAAAUGAAGCUCAACUUAGACAAAUGUGCCUUUGGUGUCUCCUCUGGGAAAUUCCUUGGUUACAUGGUAAGCAGGAGAGGGAUAGAGGCCAACCUUGAGAAAAUCUAG